AUGGGUAUCCUGAAGGCUGUUGUGAUUGGGCUCAGACACCAAGGUCGUCCAUUUACAGAUAAAGACUUCCAAGUCCAGGGACUAAGUUAUGAUGGACUGCCAGUGGCUGCCAUUUCUUUCCGGGAAUGGCGAAUCCUCGAUGAUCUUGACCGUCUGGACAAGAACUACAAGGCUUAUACCAUUAUCUUAGAAUUCUUGCAGUUGGUCUGGGAUGAUCAAUUUGAACUCAACCCCACCGAAGAUGGCCUUCUAAAUAUGCUGAAAGAUACCCGGAUGCAAGUCCAGGGCCUUGUUAAUAAUUUGACCAUCAUCAUAUCUGCCUUGAGGGCCACACCCUCGCCUGUUACUGACCCUCUCACGUUGGACGUAGUCAAAACCAACACCUUUGAGAAAAAAGUUCGGGGAUACGUGGUGUGUUCCACGUAUAAGCAAUGGAUCGAUCGGACCGUACGAGAUUUUAAUCUCCUUGUGAAGACAUACCCUGUUUAA